UUUCCUCUGCUUGCCUCUGCCAUUCCCCUCUGAGCAGCAGAAAAAGAUGCCGGCGCCCGUGUCCAAGACGUUUGCCGCCCUGCGCAGCGCCGCCGCCCGCCUCCCCCUUUCCCCCAGCGUAAAGUCCAUCACGCUCAGCUUUGUCGCCAAAAACUCGGGUGCCGGCCCUCGACAGUUCCUCCGCCACCACGCGCCCGCACUCGCCUACGCCAACCCCCUCCUCCCCAUCGCCAUCCGCCGCAUACCCGAUCCCCGCUCGAAGCACAAGGACCCCAGCUCUCCCGACCGCGAGGCCGUCAAGCUCGGUCGAUGGGGCGGAGUCGCCGAUGGUCUCCAGCUCGGGAAAGGCAAUGUCCCAGGGGGCGAGAUGGUCGUCGAGUUUCACAACGCCCCGGCCCAAACACUCCCGUUAGCACACCUCUCGGGCCAGCAGAUCCUCGAUCAACUACUCGCCAUCGCGCUCGAGAAAAAGGUGCCCCGGGUGGCAGGCAGUGAGGUGGAUAAAGAGGCCUUACGGUCAUAGGUAUUUGUCGUUUUUAGAGUCUACUCAUUCUAGGUCGGGCCGGGAGCAUGUAACAGCAUUCUCAUCUCAUUUCCCGUUCCCCGUUUCCCUUUUUUUCACAUGAUC